CGGGGGUCACGGGGGUCACGGGGGUCACGGAGGCUCUCAGGGCGACAGAGGAGGUCUGGGCUCGGUCCUCAGAGAUCUGGUGAAACCGGGAGACGAGAAUCUGAGAGAGAUGAACAAGAAGCUUCAGAACAUGCUGGAAGAACAGCUGACCAAGAACAUGCACCUGCAGAAGGAUCUGGAGGUUUUAUCCCAGGAAUUAGUCCGUCUCAGUAAGGAGAGUCCUGGUGGAAGUACAGCUGGGUCGGGAUGAGGCUAUCACCUGGACCCACCAGUCCAUACCACCUCUGCACAGCUGGAAAGAGUGGGCUGGGCUCUGACUAACACCUGGAAUCUCUGCAUCUCUUCCAUUCCUCUUCCCUGCGUUCAUGAACCUAAAGCGUGCCGUGGGCUCCAACUAACGUCUGGAGCCGUUGUGAUAUCACCACCUCAGUCCACCCGCUGGGCUAUGACUAAAUGCUGGAUUCUGUCCAUCUUUUGUUUUUCUGAAUGUCGAGGGAAAUACGAGUUUUAAAGGAGUAGAAGAAGAAACAAGACGACCAAACGUGAUGGAAAGCUGCGCUCAGCUUAUUUAUGUUGCUUUUGAAUGUACUGUAAUUAGACUGCACCGUUCGGUCCUGGCUACAACCUGGAAUACACAAGCAGUCUGUGUUACCCGACUGACUUGUUGCUCUCUGUGUUCAGUAACUCUGUUGUGAUCUGGCUAUUUCCUGGACUCUCUCUCUUUCACAGCUGAUGUGUUUUAAAACUCACUAAAGAAACAUCUCAAAGUCAGCUGACAUGUUUUUUUAACCUCUGAAGCUUUCAGCCACAUCUCGUGACUUUGUUGCUAAGGCGACAAAUAAACCGUCUCCAGUCAGGCGCCGUUACAAAAGUCAAACGGUUUUUACAGCGGCCGAAGACGGCGGACGCCGAGUGCUGUCAGAAUUCAGUUUCUGAAGGUUUUAGAGUUUAUAUUUACAGAGCAGGCGAUAGACUGACCCGGAAAACGAUGAAUUCUUUAAAAGUCAAAACAGACGUAGCAUGAGAAGAAAGACGAUAAUGUUCCUGAGAGUUCAGAGCCAAUCACCUUCAGGUACAGCGUGAAAACAAACCCAUGACAUCAUCACUUUAUCCGCUCGACGAGGCGCCCGAGUUUCAUGAAGCUCGUCAGCGUUGAGAUUCUCUGCAUGUCGCAUCAGAAACAAAACAUCGUCUCAGUAAAAAUCGGAUUGUUUUGGGUCCACAGCGCUCGGACAGAUUUCAGCCGCCAUGAUGCUAACGGUCAGGUAGCGUUUGAUCAGAACUUGUAGACGCUCCGAUAUGAACUUCAGUGAAAGCGAGCUCACCAUUUAGCAUAUUUCUGGGUUUGCAAAGUUAAGUCGAGCAGCUUAGCAAACAUUCAAGUUAGCUCGCUGCAUUAGCCUGCGUAGCGCUGACGGACAUCGGCGUGCAGCAGAGCCUUGUACCUUAUCUGUGAGUUUCUGUGGCUACUGUUUGAGCUAACGUUACGAAACAACGCAGAAAACGUUCUGAUUAAAUAUUAAAAUAAAAAAUUAACUUCAUUAAUUUAACCUUCUCUCAAGCUAGCUGGCGACGUCGACAACGGAGAAGAUCCCCUAAACGUCUCUACAGAGAAACAUCGACGUGUUCCUGUAAACAUCAGAGAAGUUCAACUUCCUGUUUCUAACGGUCCAAACUCACAUUUCAAAUAUUUGAUCAACAAUUUAUUCACAAACAUAAAAUUGUUUAAUUAAGUCGGCCCUGGCUACGUCAUGGAGCACAAACAGUCUGACUUUUGUGUGUUUCCUUGUCCGGCCGUGGUUAUUUCCUGGACGCCUUUCACAUCUUUCUGUCUUAACUUUUUUCUGAUUUCUGCGUCUUUGUUUUUCGCCGCCUGGUUGAGACUUUGUGUUUUUAUUUAUUACUUUCAAAGACAUUUUGUCGACCUCUCGUUCAGAUAUUAUGAAACCUCUUUUCUUUUUGUUUCGAGGUUUUCUCCGAAAUAAAACGUUGAAUUUAUCGAUGUGUUGAGAUGUUUUAAUGCAUGAAAACGCGACGUGUGAGGAACAUGUUUUAAAGAUUUAUUUUCUGUCUCGUUCAUCCUGGGAUCCAAAUGUCUCGAUGAAAUCUAAACGAUUGUGUAUCGCUUUGCUUUUCUGAUAAUGCUACUCGUUAAUCUGCUGGGCUGCGUCUAAAUCCUGGAUCACAUGACUGUAAUUUGUUGUGACUCCUCCCCCCGUGUUGGGGAAACCAAACGAUGCAGUAACAAAGAAAAGUGAAACUGCGACUGAGCUCUUCAAUAUUCCUGCCGGGCUGGGUCUACUUCUUGCUUCUAACAACAUAUCUUUAUGUUAUUUUGAAAAUUAUCUUAAGUCUGUUUCCUGUGAUUAUAUAAAGAGAAACGUAUGAAGUUUAACUCUCUGACAGGAUGUGGUCGACGCACUUCUUGUCUGCUCUGCCUUUGUUUCUCCUUUUUGGAGACUGACUAUAUCCUGGAGUGAGCGUCCAGGAUAUAGUCUCCUGGUGACUGGGAUGUGACUAUGUCCUGGAUGUUAUGCUUGUAGCAGAGUGUUUUAUGUCGUACCUGCCUGCCUGUAUAUUUCAGCUUUAAUUUUGUUUGUACACUGCAAAAAAGACGACGACUUUUAAGGAAAGACAAGUCGUUCAACCAAACUUCAGGAUGUUAUUUACGUCACUUAGGAACAGAGGAGACGUGUAGGAAAUAUUAACGUGACUGUAAAAAAAACUGUUUGAUUUAACGAGAGAAAAGUCCUGAAGAUGAUCGAGCGGCUGCACUGUAAAAAUAAACACGCACUGCGGGGUCGGUCUAUGUGCUGGGCAGACACCGGGCCGGUAGCUUUGUUUUGUUUUUGUUUGUAAUGUUUGAGUCUGUAUAUAUUCACACGCUGUCACAUGACUUCUAAUUGUAUGAAGAAUCAACUGAUCUAUUUAUGAGACGGAUAUCGAUCAUGACGCUAAUUGUUGUAACGACGAGAAAAAUAUAAAAUACUGAAGCCGA